AGCAGGGCGGGGCGAGAAGCAAUGGCAAGGCCGAGGGUCUCGAGCUUCUGACCGCCUACGUGGAGCCACUGGUAGAGCAGCCGCUGCCUCUCUCUGGUCGCUUUCCCGGAGCCAGGAUCUUGUGCUGAAAGACAUUUCCAAAGUGCCUUGUGACAGCCUACUACUCCGACCCACACAGCUUAGAAAGGAGCCACUGUUCACUCGUGGAGGGGUGGUUUGAACCAGCUUGGUAUCUCCUUUGAUUCUGGGAUCUGCACUGAACUUGACCUCCAUGGCACACAGGCUCCAGAUGCGUCUACUGACGUGGGAUGUGAAGGACACCCUGAUCAAGGUUCGCCGUCCUGUUGGGGAGGAGUAUGCCAGCAAGGCCCGGGCCCAUGGAGUGCUGGUGGAAGCCACAGCCGUGGAACAAGCCUUCAGGCAGGCAUUUAGAGCUCAGAGCCACAGCUUUCCCAACUAUGGGCUGAGCCUCGGCCUUACUUCCCGUCAGUGGUGGAUGGACGUGGUCCUACACACCUUCCGCCUGGCAGGCGUCCCAGACGCCCAGGCCAUGGCUCCCGUUGCUGACCAGCUAUAUGAGGACUUCAGCAGUCCUUUUGCAUGGCGGGUGUUGGAGGGGGCUGAGACCACCCUAAAGGGGUGCCGUAAGCGGGGUAUGAAGCUGGCAGUGGUCUCCAACUUUGACCGACGACUAGAGGAUAUCCUAACAGGCCUUGGCCUGAGAGAACAUUUUGAUUUUGUUUUGACUUCUGAGGCUGUGGGCUGUCCUAAGCCGGAUCCUCGGAUUUUCCGUGAGGCUUUGCAACUCGCUUGUGUAGAGCCUUCAGCGGCAGCUCACGUUGGGGAUAGUUACCGCUGUGAUUACCAGGGGGCUCGGGCUGUGGGUAUGCACAGCUUCCUGGUGGUAGGUGCGGAGCCUCUGGACUCCUCAGUGAGAGAUGCUGUACCUAAAGAACAUAUUCUACCCUCCCUAUCCCAUCUCCUGCCUGCCCUUGACCUUCUGGAGGCCUCGAGCCCUGUGUCAUGAGUCUGGUGAGGGAAGUAGCUGGGACCAAAUAAACACUGGAGGCAGGGAGUCCCUUCUUUCUCGCCUCUCCUGUGGAGGGAGGUGUCUUGGCCCUCCUGCUGUGGCAGCAGCAUCUAUAACCUAUUCUGAUCAUAGAACUGUGAGGGCUUGGUGGCAGUAGUCUGGUCUCUGAGCUCA